CCACGAGCGAGUUAAGGAGAGAAAUUGGGGUCUGUUUGGUUGAUGGAGAGAAGAGGAGCGAAGCGGCCAAGUAAUAAUAGGAUGAAAGGAACAUUGGGGAAGCACUUUCAGGUUCAGUUCCACCCUCACCAAUCAUCUUCCGCCACCUCAUCCUCUCUCUUCUCCCGGAACCUUCUAGAUUUCGGAUCCCAGGAUGACCCUUCCACUUCCGUUCCCGACCUCGACGCCGCCGAUGACAAGGAUUUCAUUCUCAGUCAAGAUUUCUUUUGCACUCCUGAUUAUAUCACCCCUGAUAAUCAGAACUUGCUCAACGGAUUUGAUUGCAGCAAGGAGAAUAUUCCUUGCCCUAAGUCGCCGGAGAAGUUGAAUACUCUCAAAAGCAAGAGACCUCGACAAGAUGAUAUCCUGGCAAAUUCCCUCAGUCCUACAUUACCUGGCUCCCAUCAAAUAGUGGAACUUGCCAAUGACCGAUUUGAUGCAGAUGAAGGCAACCUAGAAAAAACAAUCGUACUUGGAGCAAAGAAGACUAAAAAUUAUGUUUCUCAAUCUGCUGUGGCUCUAAGGUGUCGGAUUAUGCCACCUCCUUGCAUUAAAAACCCAUAUCUAAAGGAUGCUUCAGAAAUUGACAAUGAUCCUUUUGGAAAUCAAAGAUCAAAGUGUGAAGGUUUCUUCCCUGCAAUUAUUGGUGGGGAUGGCCUUUCACGCUAUCACACAGAUUUUCAUGAGAUUGAGCAAAUCGGUACUGGUAACUUCAGUCGAGUUUUCAAAGUUUUAAAGAGAAUUGAUGGUUGCUUGUAUGCUGUGAAACAUAGUACCCGACAGUUGCAUCAAGAUACUGAGAGGAGGAAAGCCUUGAUGGAAGUUCAAGCUUUAGCUGCAGCAGGGUCUCAUGAAAACAUUGUUGGAUAUUACUCUUCUUGGUUUGAAAAUGAGCAACUUUAUAUACAAAUGGAGCUUUGUGAUUACAGCUUGUCCAGAAAAACGUCUCAUCAACUGUUAACAGAAGGAGAUUUCCUGAAAGCCUUGCUUCAGAUGGCAAAGGCACUGCAGUUUAUACAUGAAAGAGGAAUAGUUCAUUUGGAUGUAAAACCUGAUAAAUAUGUCAAGAACGGUGUUUACAAGCUUGGUGAUUUUGGAUGUGCAACUCUCCUAAAUAAGAGCCUGCCAAUUGAAGAGGGUGAUGCACGCUAUAUGCCUCGAGAAAUCCUAAAUGAGAAGUAUGAUCAUCUUGACAAGGUUGAUAUCUUCUCAUUCGGAGUUACUAUUUAUGAAUUAAUUAGGGGAUCACCUCUGCCAGAAUCAGGAGCUCAGUUUCUUAGAGAAGGAAAGCUACCACUCCUUCCUGGGUAUUCCCUACAGUUUCAAAAUUUACUCAAGGUCAUGGUGGAUCACGAUCCAGCACGACGGCCUUCUGCUAAGGAAUUGCUCGAGAAUCCGAUUUUUGACAAGAUUUCAAAAAAUGCAAAGACCUGAGAGCAUUAUGUCUUGAUGUAGCAAGCUUUGAAUCGUGCGGCACCGUGAAACAGUGGCUUAAGUUAUGCACCGAAUUUUGUAAAGUUGGGUUAUAGGAGCUAGGAUGUCGACGUUUGUUGCAGUAGUAUUAUGACUAAACCCAGCUCUUGUUUUUAGGAAGGGUGCAAAUUUUGUAAAGUUAAACUGUUCAAGGCAGUUGCCACAAAUGCCAUGGUUUCCCUGAUGUAUUUUUGCAACAAACUUUGUCAAAU